AUGCUCCGGCUGCAAAAAAAGGACUUCAAGCAAUAUCCCAUCUGGGCUUCUGAGGAUGUUUAUGUCCGGGACAAGCAAAAGAGGCAGAUGACCUGUCCCCAGUCUCUGAGGAACUCCCAGAACACAGGCUUCAAGCAGGCCUUUAUACCAGACAUCCAGAUGUACCUCCACGGAGAACUACUCAACGUGUCAGAGUGGAACAGACUAGCCUACUUCAAUAACCCCUUUGGCUUUAUGGACUACACUAACUACACAGAGAUAAAGGCAGUGGUGGAUCUGAUCCCCAAGCCCAGAGAGCCCCUGCUCUUGCCACGGGGAAACCCUGAGUGUAUACGCUGUGCUGUGGUGGCAACAGGAGGAAUACUCAACGGCUCUAGGAUGGGCAAGGAGAUAGAUGCUCACGACUAUGUGUUCCGGAUGAAUGGUGCCGUAACCAAGGGUUACGAGGAGGAUGUAGGCAACAGAACCUCGGUCUACGUUCACACCGCCCACUCCAUCACCCAGUCUCUUCUCAUCUUCAAGAAAUAUGGCUACAACAGUGCACCGCAUGACAAGGGUAUAAAGUAUGUGCUGAUUCCAGAGGGGCUGAGGGAUUUCCAGUGGCUAAAGGGUCUAUUGGGGAGGACAACUGUCUCUGAUGGACCCUACAGGAACAGACGACCGUGGAUGCAAUACUCAGGAGAGUUUGAUGAGAACCGCUUCUAUGUUCUUCACCCUGACUUCCUCAGAUACGCCCGUAACAGGUUCAUGUGGUCCCAGGCGCUGAAGGGUUCUUAUUGGGCUAUAUGCAGACCUACUAACGGAGCAUUCACACUCUUCCUGGCCCUGCACACCUGUGACGUGGUGGAUGCGUAUGGAUUCAUCACUGAGGACCACAGUAAAUAUCCUAACUACUAUGCUGAGAGACACUCUAAAACCAGAGUCAUCUUCUACGCUAAUCACGACUACAACCUAGAGAUCAAGACCUGGAAGAAACUACAUGACACCAAGAUCAUCAGGCUUUAUCAGAGACAGGAGAGCCCAGAGAGAAAGACAGGAAAGCCAACAGAACCAUAAAACCCUGUCUGUCUGCAGAGAUGAGCAAAGAUACAUGGACAUAUCAUGUAUCUUGUUACAAAAUAAACUAAAGACCAAUGCAUUUAUAUCAGAAUAAACAACAAAAUACUGGUGCCAAGUAAUGUAUUUAAUUAAAAUGCAUGUAUUAUUCAUCCCAUGCCAUCAGGGGCAACAGUGAAAGCUGUUACCUUCAAGUAGGUUUAAGUUUUUCUAGGGCAUUGUGGACGGGGAUGGCGAAUAAGUAUCUGCCUCAGGUGCCAAAGGUAGCACGCUCGAAUCCAGCAAUUGAAAGUUGUUUUUUAGAUUUUUGUUUUAAGCCUAUCCCAAACCUUCACUCUUACCUUAACCAUUUGGAGUUAAUGCCUAACCUUAAAAUUUCAGAGUUAAUGCCUAAACUUAAUUCUAACAUUUACAAUUCAGAGUUAAUGCCUAAACUUAAUUCUAACACUUACAAUUCAGAGUUAAUGCCUAAACUUAAUUCUAACACUUACAAUUCAAAGUUAAUGCCUAAACUUAAUUUUAUCAUUGACAAUUCAGAGUUAAUGCCUAAACUUAACCAUAAAUACUUAAAAAGUUGACGUUUGCAACAACUUUGAAAUUUGACGUUUGAGAAACAUGGACGAACGUCUAAUUUUGACUUGAGACUGCGAGAGCUAGUUGACAAAUAGUCUAUAAUACUGGUGCAAAGUAAUGUAUUUAAUUAAAAUACAUGUAAAAUACAUUUGCAAGUAGCCCCCUUUCUAUAUGGUUUGUGUUAACAUUGCUUUAAUGUAAUUUGUCAACAUAUUGUGACGUGGAAUCUACAUGGAGUCUACAUCUACAUGUUGGAGUCUACAAUCUACAUGUUGUUUUGAGGGUGAAAUUUCAACCAUAGGGUUAUGUCAUCAUGGUAACCAAAUUUCAACAUACACAAACCUUGUAUAAAAUAUGUUGAAUGUGUACCUUUAACCCUCAUGGGAAUUGGCCUAUAUGGAUAGGGCUAAUGUAAAUGCUUCUUACAGAAGUAAAUGCUUCUUUGAUCAAUUAUUAAUUGAUAGACAAGCUGGCAUUAAAGCCAAGCUAAGUUAGUGGCACAGAUAGAACUAUCAAAGCAGAAGAUAAAUCUCCUUCAAAUGUUGAUAUUUGAUAUUUGCGUUGACAAUCAAACGAUUCAAUAGCACUUUUGAAAUACAAUAAAUAGCCUAUUAAGUUGUUGAUAAGUUAACAAAUUAUAUGUUGAAUUCACAAUUGCAACUCAACCUAAAAUAAAUGUUAAUGAAUGCAAUUAAACAAUAUAAGCUCAACUGCAAUCCAGGUAAUUUGGUUGUGCUAUUAGAUGAAGCACAGAGAUAACACAUUAAUAUGUUGUAUAAAUAAACCAAACAUCUGACAUUGUAUUCACAUUUGAACAUUGCUGUGCUUUUAAAUGGUUGAAAGCUCAGUGAUAGACAUUUGGGUGACUAAGCCAAAAAUCGAACAUUGCUUUUCCAUUGGACAUUGGUUGUGCUUUUAGAUGGUUGAAAGCACAUUGGAAAGUCAAUUCACUUUUCGCUGUCUUUUUGAGCGGGUGAAUAUAGUUUGUAAUCUCAUUGAUCAAUGUCUCAACCAAAUAUUACCCAAUUAUCCACUUUGAAAUGACGCGUUGUGCCCUUUGGGAAAUGUUACGUUUGAGGGGUGCACACGCAUGCUCCCAGCUCACAGCUAAGAACGAAACGCUGAUAUUGGGACCUUGACAAAUUUAGCAGUGGGUAUGUGAACACCAUGAAAACACACAAGACUGAUGGCUAUGCUCAACAAGUAUAUUAUUCUUCUGGCUUUAUCUAGUUUUAUUCGUGAUAUUUUACCUUGCCUCACUGGCUUGCUAACUUCCUAGGUAAUCAACCCUCUGAUGACAUCUGUGAUGUUGUAGACGAUAACCACCGAGGUAAAGACAGUUUCAAGUUGGAUAUUUGACGGAUAUUCACGCUUUCAAACCUCAAUAGCUUUCAAACCACUUGAGCCACAGACUCCAAAUAAGUGUCAUGACGUUGGAAAAAUUGAGCACAACAUUGCACAGGUCUUAUCUUCACGAUUUGGACAUUAAUUCCCUUUCCAAAGCUAACAAACAUGUAGAAAUAUGAGCAGCAUUUUGUAUUCCUAGGUGAAUAGUUAGAAAAAAAUAAACAAAGUACAAACUUUUUUACAUUCGAAUUUCAAUAGCUCCUUGGUGAUGUGACCUACUGACCUCAAACAAGGUUCAGAAUGUCCACUGACUACCCUUCUAUAUUGCACACCCUUUAGUUUGUCCAUUUUUAUCUCACACGUUUUUACAUUAAAUUUGUAAACUUUCAAAUUUCAAUAGCUCCUUGGUCAUGUAACCUACUGACUUCAAACAAGGUUCAGAGUGUCCACUCAGGAGGCCUACACAUUGUGUAACAGUUCAACUUUAGUCCGUCCCCUCGCCCCGAGCUAGUGAGGUAGGCUGCAGUGGGUUUGCUGGGCAAUACAUAUACUGAUCAUGUAACCACAGUAAUGGUGGCCAGUAAAUCAAUGAAUAAAAAAUGAAU